AUGGCUCAUCAAAAAAAUACUGUCUUCCCGGUACCUUAUGUUGCUAAGUUGGGAAAAAAGCUUGAGCCAGGUCAAACUUUAGAGAUCCAUGGUACUAUUGGGUCUGACCCUUCAGAAUUUGAGGUCAAUCUGCUCACGGAUUCACCUAAUAUUGAGACAGCAACAGCUACUAUUCUUCACGUGAAAGCUCGUUUUAAAGACAAUAAACUGGUCUUCAACACUUAUGAAAAUGGCAAAUGGGGCAAAGAAGAGAAGUCAUCUAAUCCUUUCAAGAAAGAUGAAAAGUUUGACCUUCGCAUUAGAGUUCAUCCUGAUAAGUUCGAGAUAUAUGGAAAUCAAAAAGCGCUUCAUGUUUAUAAGGCUCACGUGAACAUUAACGCAGAAUACUUGGCAGUUCGAGGGGAUGUUUCUUUACAUGCCGUGCAGUGGGGUGGCCAAUUUUAUCAUUUACCAUUUGAAACAUAUUUCGAACAUGGCUCUCUGAAAUCUGGAGGUCAGCUUAAGAUCACCGGUAUUCCAAAAGGUGACCGAUUUGAGGUCAAUUUUCUUUCAAAUCAAGGUGACAUUCUUUUCCACUUCAAUCCACGUUUCAGCGAAAAACAGGUGGUCCGGAAUUCAAGAAUUAAUAAUGUUUGGGGAGAUGAAGAACGUGAAGGUCUGUUUCCUUUCACAAAGGAUGUUAUUACGGAUUUGGUUUUCCAUAACGAACCGUUUUCUCUUCAGAUUUAUGCAGAUGCAAAGCAUUACGUCACUUAUGCGCAUCGCACACCAAAGCCUGAAGAAGAUUAUAAAGGAUUUCGGAUUGGCGGUGAUUUUGAACUAACACGAAUUGAAUUUAUUAAUUAA